AUGGAAUAAAAACUUGAAAUUUAAAAUAAUUCUAAAAGUAAAAAAUUGUCAGUAUUUUAUAAAUAGGUGCCAACCGAAUAAGAUAGUUCAAUACUUGAAAUUAAUGAGGAAUAAAAUGAAAUGGGUAAAUUUAAUAAUAUAUUUUAAAUAAGGAAUAGCUAACCAUAGAGAUUCCACGAAGGUGAUUAAGAUAAUUCAUGCAAUAGCUUUAAAGCUGAGAUAAAUGACAUUUUAUAAGGAUCUCAAAAUAAUGUUAACACAGCAAAUCAGUCAAUUUGCAAGAUGCUACAAGAGGAAAAAGUAGAAGAAGAAGAAGUACAAAUUACCUUUUAGGACUAUUUAAUCGAUUAACGGAAAAGCAUUUAAUCUUAGUCUAAAAAUAAUUACACUGAUAAAGAAGCUAUAAAAAUGAAUAUAAAUGUCAAUUAGAAUAGCCCGUCAUCUGAUUUUUAAGAGGCAAAAGUAAUUCUAGAAUAAAAUUCUUCAUCCUAAAGGAAGAUUAUAAAUGAUAAUAGCUUAAACCGCAAUGAUGAAGACUAAUCGAAUUGUUUUUUAUCUAAAAAUACGAUUAUAAAAAGUGGAACAAAAAAUCAGCCUUCUUAAAAUACCUCCUAAAGCAAAAGUAUCAGCUAGAGUAAUUAGAACAUAAAUAAUAGCCAUAUUUUGAUUCAAGAUGACAUAUUCUAUGAAAAAGACAUCAAAAAACUAGGGACAAAAGUCAACUUUGCGCUGCAAAACUAAAACUAAUUUUAAUAGGACUUUAAUGCAACUAAAAUUUAUAAAUAGAACUUACAAAAAGCUGCCAAAAUAGUUAGUAGAUUACUUAAUUCUUCUAUGAAUAGAAUUAUGAGAGUUAGGUAAUAUGCAAUUUGCAAAACUGUUUCCUACCUUUAUGCCAAGCAAUUCAAUAAGAAUUGCGUAAGUAUGUUUAUGCUUGGCUAUAAAAUCAUUUACUCUAACGAAUUGGUUAUUUAUGAUCUGAAAUAAAGUGUGUUUGCACUAGGAUUAAAUUCACUCAUUUUUCUUAAAGCAAACGGAAUUUCAAGCAAAAAAAAGAGAUUUGAUUAUGUAUUCACUUUAACUGAAAAUUAAAAACACAUUUGCAAACUCAUAAAUUAGUUAGCUACUGUAAUAACAGUUGCUCACUUAGCUGCAAUAGGGUGGUAUUUUGUUGGAGUAUAAGAAGCAAAUAAUAAUCAAACUAAUUGGCUAGAAAAGAUUGGCAUUCAAUCUAAUUCAAUAUACCAACAGUACAUCUAUGCAAUUUAUUGGUCAAUAACAACAAUGACUACAGUUGGAUACGGAGAUAUUUCUGCAGCUAAUUCUGUAGAAGCACUUUACAUAUCAAUUACAAUGAUUUUGUUCAGCUGUGUAUUUGCAUAUUCAAUUAAUAACAUAGGUUUUAUUUUAUAAGAAAUUGAGAAAUCUUCAAAACAAUUAAACGAUGAUCUUUCUACUAUUUAAAGAUAUCUGAUUAGGAAAAAUGUAAGCAUUUAACUUAAAAGUAGAGUAAGGCAUUAUCUAUCAUUUUUAGCAUAGGAAUAAAAAGACAGAGAUAAAUAAUAAGAAGAUAAAAUAUUAAGCGGGCUUUCAAACAAGCUAAGGAAUGAAAUCACUCUCGAAAUCAAUUCUAAAAUUUUGAACAACUAAAAUUUAUUUAGUUCUAAUUUUUCAAAAUCCACUUUAAAUAAAUUAAUAUUUAUAAUGAAAGAAAUUUUAGUAAAUCCAAAUGAAAUCAUAAUCAGUGAAGAUUAAUAAGAUGAUUCUUCAAUUUACUUCAUUUAAAGUGGCAUUAUUGAAAUUUAUCAAUAAUAAAUAUAAAAGAAAGGAUAAAUUAGUGUCAUAAAAACUUUGACAGACGGUCAGAUAUUUGGUGAUAUUUCCUUUUUUUCUGGACUUUAAAGGCAAUCUUCUGCUAGGAGUAUAAACUUAUCCACUCUUUAUAAAAUAAGCAGAGAUGAAUUUAUAGAGAUACUCAAAGAAAACAAAGAAGAUUUUGAGCGCUUUAAAAUGAUGGAGGAUCAAAUUAUAUUUUAAAAAGAAAAAUCUGUUAUUCACAACGAUUGUUAUUAUUGUAAAGACAGUAAUCACAUUGCUAAUUAAUGUCCUAGAACUCAUAAGCUAUUUGAUAAACAAUUUGUAGUUUUAAAGCAUAAUUUUUCAAUGUUUUAAGAGAGAUCUUAAAAUCAAAAAGCUAAUCAAAAAAGAAAAUAAAAUGCAAGGUAAAACUUUAAGAAAAUUUAAGAUACAAUAGAUUGCUUAAAAUAAAACUUAGAAUCUGAAAAUUGUGAAAGCUUUUUCUUUUUUGAUGAAAAUUUACUAAGUUCUAAUGAGACAAUGUCUUAGUAUGAAAAUGAUGAAGAUGAAGAAGAUGAUACCCAAAGUGAUAUUUCUAAUAAUUGUUUAGAGGAAGAUUAAAAUUAAAAGAAAAGCAUGAAAGGAUCAGUAAAAGAGAGAAUAGACAAAUCAUCUAAAAAUAUUCUGAAAUCUCAAAAAUCGUAUUAAACAAAUAAUGAUGAAACAGAAUAGCAAUUUAAUCAAGACCAUUAACUUUAUUCUAAUUUGGUUUACGAAAGCCAAGAUAUCCCUAAAACAAUCUUAAAUAUUGUUGGGUAAUCAUUUGAGGCUUCAGAUAGCAUAAAUUCAAAUAAUUAAGAGGAAUCUUCAAAAAAUAUUUUCAUUAGAUAAAGAAGCUAGUAAGAAUCAAAUGCAGUACUUUGCGAAAAAGGCAGAGAUUCGCUUUAACGUACAAAAUCUGAAAUAUAAUAGAAAACUAUUUAUCAGAAAGAAAAUGAAGGAUCUGAUUAAAGCAACUCAAAAAUUUUAGAAUUAUUGAGGACUCGUUAAAAUAGCAUAAACUCAACAAAUAUUCAAUAAGUAGAUCAAUAAAAACAAUAAAUUAAAAAAAGAAGUAAAAAAUCAUCUCAUAAAACAUCUAGUUAAUAUAAAGAAGAUUAACCUUAGCAUUAUCACUAAGAAAAUAGCUAAGCUUAACAAAGUUUAAAAUCUGAAAGUAAUAAAAAGACAUCUAUUACUUGUCAUUAAUCUCAAUCUCAUAAAAACUCUUUUUCAAAAAGUUUAAAGUUGCUAAAUUAAAGCUAAAAAGAAUUAAGAUAUUCUGUGGACUAAUAGAUUUAGAAUAUUGCUGCUUUGAUGUUUUUGCAUAAUAAAAAUAUUUCUUCAUAAUAAAUAAAUAAUGUAAAUUACAAUUACAGCUACUAACAAAACUCAAGUAAAUGUGAUAGCUCAAAAUCAUCCAUAAAAGAUCUCAAGGAAUAAAGUUUAAUAUCUAAAAAAUGUAAUAGGCUUUCUCAUAACUAAGAAAACUCGUAAAAUAAUCUAUUAAAAUAAUAAUCAAUAGGUAAAAAUAAAAAGUAAACCUCUAAUAAUGAAUUAAUAAUUGACAGACUUUCUAAGAUACUUCAAAAUUCUUAAAUUCCUCUUCUUCUAUAAUUAACAACUGGUAAAAGUUUUCAGCAUUUAGACUCCUAAUUCUUAGGUAAUCCAAUGGAUUAGUUUGAUAAAAUGUAAUGCUUUAAGAAGUUUUAUCCAGAUUAUAAUUUUGAUAAUGUAUUGCAUAGACUAAAAAGCUCGAAGUAGGAAUAAAAAAGACUUAGAAAAACUAAAUUAGCUACAAAAGAACGUCGUUAAAAUAUAGGAUUAACUAAAUUCUCUAUAUUUUAAGCAAAUUCUAAUGUAUUUAAAUUAAUUCCUUAAGAUUUUGAUAUUAAUCUAUAUAAACCAACUUAUCUUUCUUAUGGUACAAGAAUGAAAAAAGGAAACAUAUAUCCUAUUAAUAAUUUUUACUUAUAGAAUAAUUGA